ACUCCUCCCUGCUUUAUUACUUCCUCUGCUCUCUCUCUCUCUGUCUCUCUCUCUCUCUCUCUCUCUCUCAUCCUCGCUCAUUCUGUAAUCCACUACUGUUCAUCCGUUUGAAUCGUUUGAUCCCACGAAGGCUACGAUCAUCGCUAGAAAAAGAAUGGGUGCUGGGAGGAAGAAAACCACACUCACUUUGAAAGAAAAAGCUCAACCCUCUUGCACAGUGAAUGGCAGUGCACCUGCUAGAAAUCUACGAAAGAAAGAUCUAGCUGCUGUGAUUUUCGGAUGCAAGCAUAAUACAAUUAGAGAAUGUUACUCUGAACUUUUGUUUGGGUUGCCAUCUCCUCAUUUUGCUUAUGUGAAGAACAUCAGUCCUGGCUUGCCGCUUUUCUUAUUCAACUACAGUGAUAGGAAGCUUUAUGGUAUCUUUGAGGCUGCAAGCCAUGGACAAAUGAAUAUCAAUGCAUAUGGGUGGACUGGUGAUGGUGCAGAGUACUCGCCAUAUCCUGCACAGGUUCGGGUCCGAAUUCAGACACAAUGCCAACCCUUGCUUGAAGAUCAGUUUAGACCAGUUAUUGCUGACAACUACUAUGAGCAGAGGCUUUUUUGGUUCGAGUUAGACUGGGUUCAGACCAGACUUUUGAAAGCCAUGUUUUUAUUAGCACCAGUAGAUAAGAGUGUCUCUCUCCCACGGAACAUGCCUAGGUGUAAUACUCUCGCCAAUUCUUUACCAACUUCUGGUAUGAGACAUGUCCUUGAUCAAGUUGAGGCCCCAUUUUUAGAGGCAGUUUCUGCUCAUUCAAAUCAAUCUGAUGUGCGAUGGGGCUGGUCAAAUACAAAUUCUUCAGCUAUAGGCAAUGCAAACACUUCCCAUCAACAGAAAACGUGGAGUUUGUUGUUCAAAAAUUCGACAACUUCUCAAACAAUGAAGGAAGAUCAAGAUUUAGGGGCACAAACUCCAGAGUCGAACUUCCCCUAUUCAGAUCAGUCUAACAUGGAAUGUGAUUCUUUAUCUGUCCCUCCUUGGUUGGAAGGAGAAAUCCUAAACUAUGAAGCUCUUCCGGAAGAUUCAGCUAUGUGGAAUUAUGAAGAAGUACAUGCGGGGUCAGAAUCAGGUUGGGAAUUGUCAUGCUCUUCUGUUCAAAAGAGGACUGCUUUUGAAGAAAAAGAAGGUGUACAGGCUACUUCUUAUGAUCUUCCACAUUUGGAGGAUUCCAAUGUGGGUUGGGGCUCAUCAUGUGCUACACGUCUUCUGGAUGGAGAAAGUAGGCCAUCAGAAGGUUCCACAGCUGACGAUGUAACAAAAGUUGACGAGGAUGAAGGUUUGCAUCAUGAAAAAAGAUCUCCUCCCCCUUUUGCAACCGAUGACGUAAAUUUAGAAGAUGGAUGUUCUCCAGAAGUACAGGAAGUUGAAGAGAUGAACUCGUCCAGUAUGCAGUCUGUAGUAGCCAAGUUGAUGCAAGAAAUUGGAGGGCUGAAGAAACGUAUAUCAAUUUCCGAUGUUCCUUCUUCUUUCAUCACCGCGCUCGUAUGGUCCAUGUGUCUGAUUGGGGUUGAAUCUAAUGUAGAAAUCCAGCAAUUGAAAAAACGAUGUCAUGUAUUGGAAUCUAGGUCGCCCUUUUCAAUUGGCAGGGUUGAUGAUUCCAUCCUUAUUGUGGGAGGAUUUGAUGGUUGUUCUUGGCUAUCUACUUUGGAUUCCUAUUCUCCUUCUGAGGACACAAUGAAAUCACUUAAGCCAAUGACCUGUGUACGCUCAUACGCCUCACAAGCAACUUUGAAUGGUGAGCUCUACGUACUUGGUGGUGUAGAUGGUGAUAUGUGGCGUGACACAGUUGAAUCAUACAACCCGACAAGCAAUCAAUGGGUUAGUCGGCCUUCACUCAAUCAGAAGAAGGGAAGUCUAGCUGGAGCUUCCUUAUGUGGCAAAAUUUUUGUUGUUGGUGGUGGAAAUGGACUUGCUUGUUACUCAGAGGUAGAAAUGCUUGACAUGAACAUUGGGAGGUGGAUUACCACUCAGUCAAUGCUACAGAAGCGGUUUGCUCCAGCGGCAGCAGAAAUUAAUGGCACACUCUAUGUCGUGGGUGGCUAUGAUGGAAGAAAUUACUUGGAUUCUGUUGAAAGAUUUGAUCCCCGAGAACACUCAUGGACAAGACUAGGAAAUAUGAGCACAAGGAGGGGAUGCCAUUCUUUGACCGUACUAAAUGAAAAACUAUAUGCUUUGGGUGGUUACAAUGGAGCUGAAAUGGUUCCAACUGUUGAGAUAUUUGAACCUCGAGUUGGUUCAUGGAUGACGGGGGAACCCAUGAACAAUGCUAAGGGUUAUUCUGGAGCCGUCGUUCUUGGGGGCAAAAUAUACAACAUUGGUGGUGUGAAGGAAAAUAAUGAGAUAUUGGACACGAUUGAAUGUUAUGAAGAGGGUGGCAGCUGGGAGGUGACUAACCUUAAAGCUGUGGGAAAAAGAUGCUACUUCUCCGCCAUUGUCUUGUGAGUCAGUUUAGCUGCAGUCUGAGACUACGGAAAGAAGUCAAACAAAUGCAGCCUCUCUUUAUUGGUAAACUAGAAAGCAAAUGUAUCUAUUGUCUGUCAUCUGCCCUUGUAACUUGCAAACUUAACUGUGGUAACAAUUAAAGAUCCUAAGAACCUUAUUACUAGUUGAAGGGCCAGCACGCAAUGCCCGUUGCUAGCUUCCAAGGCUCAAAGAUUACACAUGAAGUUAGUGUCCUUUUACUACGCAUCAGACACAUCCAAUGUCCCUUGCAGAGUAGAUAAUUAAGCCCGUUUGAGAUAAGAAACAGAGGGAAGAGGGAACA